CAUAAUUGGUUUAGGAUUUAGAAUCGGAUUUUCUAAUCACAUUCCUAAUCAGAUUGAUAAAAUAAGGCGAAUCUCUUUUCUUUGAUGCGAUCGGGUGAUUUACUCUUACUCUAUAUAUUUAAACAAGAUCAGUGAGAUCGUAGAAGAAUUUGCAAAUAUGACUACCGGAGCGAGACCCACAUGGGUGGCAGCUAAAGGAGGAAACAAGCGAGGCGGCAACAUAUGUCCCUCUAGGAAGUAUUCUUCCAGGGACAUGGCCUCUCACACCACCUUAAAACCUAGGAGAGAGGGACAAGACACCCAGGAUGAGCUUCAGACACGGAAUCUCCAACGAGAAUUAGAUGGCCGGGAGCGGAGGAAAGACAUUAAUGAUCAAGAUCAUUGUCUGGUUACAAGCGAUCUUGAUGCUGAUGCUGAUUCUGAUGGCAACAACAUUACCAGUGACGAGGAUGAAGAUGAAGAUGAAGACGAAAAUGAAGCUCUGUAUGCUGAGUUGGCAAAGAUGGAGAAAGAAAGAAGAGAAGACAAAGCCAACAAAGAUGCUCAGGAGGAGUUGUUGAAGAAGAAUGGGAACCCUCUGCUAACUAGUUAUGACAAUCCAACAUCUUUCAGUGUUGUGGUAAAGAGAAGGUGGGAUGAUGACGUGGUUUUCAAGAACCAGGCUCGCAAUGGUGGUCAUGGAGUUAAGACGUCCAAGCGGUUUGUUAAUGACACGAUUAGGAACGAUUUCCAUACAAAAUUCUUACGCAAGUACAUGCAUUAA